CCGCAGCCCCCCCCCCCCCCCCGGAUCCGCUGCGCCUCGGGGCCGGGGCGAUGCCGAGCAGCCCGCGGGCGGCCGCGGCCGGGCAGCCCCGUGGAACGUCGAGACGCUGAAAAUUGUUACAUCGCGUUCGGAAGUUGGAAUCCGGGGCGCGGCGCAGCCCGCCGCUGACCUCUGUCCCGCUCGGCCUUGUAUGGACUGUGCUGCUCGCCCGCAGCCAUGGGGAAAAUGCUGUCCAAGAUCUUCGGCAAUAAGGAGAUGCGGAUUCUGAUGCUAGGACUGGACGCGGCCGGGAAGACCACCAUCCUUUACAAGCUGAAGCUGGGCCAGUCGGUCACCACCAUCCCCACCGUGGGCUUCAACGUAGAGACGGUGACCUACAAGAACGUCAAGUUCAACGUCUGGGACGUGGGGGGCCAGGACAAGAUCCGGCCUCUCUGGAGACACUACUACACGGGUACCCAGGGGCUCAUCUUCGUGGUGGACUGCGCCGAUCGCGACCGGAUUGACGAAGGCCGGCAGGAGCUGCACCGCAUCAUUAACGACCGGGAGAUGCGAGACGCCAUCAUCCUCAUCUUCGCCAACAAGCAGGACCUACCCGACGCCAUGAAGCCCCACGAAAUCCAGGAGAAACUGGGACUGACGCGCAUUAGGGACAGGAAUUGGUAUGUCCAGCCCUCGUGCGCGACGUCGGGGGAAGGACUCUGCGAAGGUCUGAUGUGGCUGACAUCCAAUUACAAAUCCUAAUCCCGGCUUUCUAUACCCACGCACGAGUCUCUAACCAGUGAAACCUUAUUCAACCCACCACCACCCUAUAGCCCCAUCCUCCCCCACUCAUCUGUUUGUGUCUCUCUCUCUCACUCUCUCAAAAUUGCCGGUGGGGUGGGACUGGAUCCCUGCUAUGGUACCUUGGCACCCAUCCCCUAAAAUGGGGGGCCUAGGGUGUCAUGAAUGCUUUUUGGGGGGGGGGGGUGGCUCUUAGCCUUUUUUCCUCUUGUUUGAUUGUAAAUCCUGUAGAGUUUAUUAUUUAAUUAACUUGGGAAGCAGGGGAUGGGUGUAGACUCUCUCCUCCCUCA